CGAAGAAGAGGAAAAUAUCAUGACUCCAUUAUUGGUUCUUUGCUACCUUAUCUACACCAUUUUCACUUCCAUAAUACUCUCUAUUCGCCUCGCGCUCCGGCGUCGCCGAUGCGCCGUCCCCUCUAAAGAGAUGGGAAAUGUCGUUGCUCUCUACGAAGGGACCGUCUACCACGGGCGCCGCCACCCUGCGCGCAACUCCUUCCGGUUUCCGGCCCGUUAUGAGCUUAUCGAUCUCGACCGUCCACCUUAUUCUCCUCAAGGAUUCUUGACGGCUGACUAUGCUCGAAAGGCGACCUGCACAACAGGACCAGUAUUACUAUUGAGAAUUCCACCAAGUGUUGGAUACGAAAGAAGCCCUGUGAAUAUUUACUACUGCUAUGACAUUGAAGGAUCUUCGAGAAUUCUGAAGAAAUGUAUGGUUGAGGCAAGUAAUACACCAUGGGGUCAAAGUGUGACAUUUGUGUUCAAUCCAAGCUUCGAUUCAGUUCCCAAAUCUGAAUACAUAAGUCCAUUCAUGGAUAUGCUUGGGAACUGGAGGCUUAAAGUGAAUGAUCCUGGUGAAACUUUGUAUGCAAUAAUAUCGGUGCAACAUCCCGAAUUCGGAAACUAUUUUACGGCUUCAUUUACGGCGAAAAGAAUCGCAACCAAGUUAGACCAUGAAUCAUUCUUUUGGUUGAUGCCUCAUAAAGUUUCGCUGAUGGCCUAUUGGAAUGCUCUGAAGCUAUGGUGGAAGAAUGUCCCUUUCUAUGAUCAUCCAAUAAAAGAAAACCCUUUCUACAGAGAAGAAGCUGUUUCUAGGGUUUUUGGGAAGACGAUGAUGCAGAGCUGUGGGGCAUUUCAAACUAACAUUUGUGGAGCAAACAACAAUCAAGAAGAUCAGAAGAUCGAUCGUUGCUUCAUUUGGAAAGAUAUCAAGUGGCCAUGGUCUUGGUGUUGACAUAUACAUAUAUAUAUAUAUAUAUAUAUAUUGCAAAAUUGUGGAUUCAAAGUAUUUAUCAUGCCUCAAUCAAUCCCUGAUUAAGGGCAAUCGAAAUCCAUUGUUAAUUCACCAUGCCUAGCAAAAGGGCAA